AUGUUUGGAUCCACGCCGGCAGCCGGAUCCACCGGCUCUACACUCGGUCGCUCCGCCUCGUUCUCGUUCUCGCAGCAGCCCGCCUCCAAGCCCUUCUCCGGCACCUCGGGUGGCUUUUCGUUUGGCGGCGGCGCAGCGGCCAACAACACGGCCACCACCAGCACUGCCACCACGCAGCCGGCUGCUGCAUCGAGCGGAUUCAGCUUUGGCGCAAAGCCUGCUGCCCCGGCGGCUGGUGCAGCACCCGCAGCAGGAGGGCUUUUUGGUUCGACCCAACCCCAGCAGCAACCGCAACAACAGCAGCAGCAGCAGCAGACCGGAUUCGGCGGUGGACUGUUUGGCUCCAACUCUGCUUCGACUUCUUCCGGAGGGCUGUUUGGUAAGCCUGCUGCGCCUGCUGCUGGUGGAUUCUCGUUUGGCAACUCGACCACCAACAAUACCGCCUCGACAUCCACCGGUGGCCUGUUUGGUUCGACAAACGCACAGCCAGCACAACAACAGCAACAGCAGCAGCAGCAGCCCUCGACAUCUCUCUUCUCGUUUGGCGGCUCUGCACAAGCGUCGCAACAACCGCAGCAGCAGCAGGCGCAGCAGGGCGGAUUGGGAUUUCAAAUACAGCCUCAGAAUGCAGCUGCGACAUCGCCGUUUGCGCGUUUCGGGUACUUUCAGAAGGCGCGCUUCAACGAUCUGCCCGACGACGCACGCAAGCUGGUGGAGGAGCUCGAGGCGCACAUUUCGGCGCAGACGCAGCUGCGCGACGAGCUCAAAACGAAGAGCUUUGGCGACGAGAUUCGCAAGUGCGCCGCCGAGUGGCACGAGCUCGAUUCGGCGCUCAAGUCGCUCUCUGCCACGCUGGACACGGACGAGAAGCAAUCCCAAGAUGUCGGAGAGCUGCUGGAGCGCGAUCGCAACACCACCUCGACGCUCUACACCAUCAUUGUGAAUGCCAAGGAGCCGCGCAGCACGGCGCUGUCCGACGGAGCUUCGUUCGUAGACUGGCUCGAGCGGUUCUUUGCCCAGCUGGCGCAAGAGUACCGCGAGAGGAUCGUGCGAUACUCGAGCACCGUAGAGACGAUCCAGCACCAUCUGCAGUCGCUCUCGUCGCGGGAGACGUAUACGCCCCAGGCUAUCUCGGAUGCCAUCCAUGCCCAGCAUGAAAGCUUCAUGGCGUUGGCGGCGCAGGUGGCUGGGCUGCACGCAGAGGUGGAGGCGCUCAAGAGGGAUUAUGCAAAGUGGUACAAGCAGGUCAACAAUAGCGUGCGCGAUCCGUUUGGCAGCAUGAACGCCCUCGCCAGCAGCGUUUCCCCUACGUCGUGA